CAUCAAUGCGUUUGCUAAUUAUUAUUGUGAACCAAUCACAAAUAUGUUGAAUAUAUAAGUUCAAUUGUUAUAAAUUCAAAGUUUUGUUCAUCGACAUUCAAUCAAAUCAACCGGCUAUACAUUGAAGGUUGCUUUAGUCGUAAGUACUGCAAUUGUGUAAUCACCUUCAACAACUACUGCAAUUGUGUAAUCACCUUCAAUAACUACUGCAAUUGUGUAAUCACUUUCAAUAACUACUGCAAUUGUGUAAUCACCUUCAAUAACUACUGCAAUUGUGUAAUCACCUUCAAUAACUGGUGUACUACAUUUGUACUACAUUUAUGGAUAAAUUCUCUCCUUGUUUCAUUGAUUUUUGUACUGAAAAAAAAAAUUCACCAGUACAGUUUAUGGUACAUGGUCAAGGUGUUUUUGUGUUUCAAUGUUUUAACUCAACAAAUCUACGCAUUAUGAAUGCUGAUGAAUCAAACGGAAUACUUAUCAAACUGACAACAGAUAAUGUUACCUGUAUUCGUAUUCCAGAUAAUGUUGCAUUACCUGAUCCAACGAAUAAUUCUUUUUUGUCAUCAAAUCAAGGUGUGUAUUAUUGGGUAAGUCUAGAUUCUCAAGAUGAGGUGUUGCGGGUUGGUUUAGGUGAACCUCGAAUCAAGACUGCAGUUUAUACAUACAAAUUUAAAAGUGAUCAAACAUUUCUUGGGCAACUUACUACAAUCUAUUUUGAUGCAGAUGUGAUACCACUACGCUUACUCCGCGACCCAAUAACAAAGACUAUAGCUUUUCUUGUUCGAGACAGUGAUGAUUAUACAAUGGAUGAUAUCGCAUCGGGUUGUGUUAUGCCACGGGCUAACCUUAAUCUUGUAACACAAAGGCUUUAUGAAUGCAUACGUGGUAAGAAAUUUGUUUUGGAUGACGACACAUUUCCUGAAUUUUCAGCUGCAAUUGAGUCUAGCAUUUCCAAUCCAUCCGGAUGGUGCAAUAAGCGUUUACAAGAAAAAAGCAGAGAAUUUAAUCCUGAAACUUCAAUACCAGAAAAUACAUAUCUGCGUAUAACAAUAGGUGGUUAUAAUGGUGAGGCGCCCGGAGUACCUUAUGUUAUGGAAAUCUGGCCAGUGGGGCACUACAGUCCUAUUCACAGCCAUUCACAAGCAAAUGCGAUUAUCCGAGUCUUGCAUGGGUCUAUUAAUGUUGAGAUGUACCCUUAUUUAUGUGCCUGCAAGAGCGGUGUUAAACCUUUUGCCGUUGUAAAUUUAAAAAAAGAUGAUAUUACAUGGUUAAGCCCUACACUAAAUCAAACUCAUAAGUUAUUAAAUUUGCCUACAAACACUUCAAUGUGUGUAACAAUUCAAUGUUAUGCGUAUGAUUUAGAUGAUACGCAACACUACGGUUUUUUUGACUAUAUCGACAUCAAUGGCACUAAACAGCAAUACACACCUGAAAGUGAUAUGGAUUUCGUUGAGUUUAAGACCUUGAUGAAGAAAGAAUACAGCAAAAAAUAAACACGAUUCUAUAAGUUUGUUUAAAAAGUAAACGUGAAUUUCUUAUUUAAAUAAACAAACAAUAAUCAAAAGUUCACAUGAUAUUAAAUUUUUUUUAAAUUUAUAAAAAGUAUUGUAAAAGUUGUGCUUCCAUUUACAAAACUAAUUACUUUUUA